AUGACGGAAUCACAUCCGGCCACCGGCAUUUAUCCGUCGAGUUGCGAUGUGAAGAAGUGCACGUGCCAUUAUGAUUCGGAUUGUUCGACGACGUCUAUUGAAAGCGCUUCUGACAUUGCCUUCAAGCCUGUUGAAUUGGUUCUACCCAGUGACAAUUCAUCCUGGACAACUCACUCGCAAAACUCGACUAGAACACGAGUAAGUGGAUGUCGAAGUCGAACAAAUUUCGAUGAGCAUGAGCAUCUACUCAUUUCCAAGUGCGUCAAUCGCCAUUUUGCGCCAUCAAUCGGUUCAUCGACAACUAAAACCUACGACUCGUGCGAAACGAAUUCGACAUUCGGCGAAAGCUAUGGAGAAACUCGACGCCUCGAAAGCAUUGGCAACAUUUUCUCGUCGAUUUUCAAUUUUUUCAAAAACAAUCCGACCACUUCGAAAUAUAUUUUGAUCGGAUUAUUCUUCUAUGCGGCGUUCUGCAGUUUGGAGAUCAUUUUGCCGAGACUCGCCUCAUUCGCCGUCCGUCUAAUGUACCCAUGGGCUCGAUACACCGCCGUCGUUUUCGAGCAGAUCUUUUCGACGAUUUCCAAUUUAUUCAAUCGACUCGAUGGCCUUUUAUAUGCAACUUAUUGUGAAUUUGCCGCCAAGUAUUGUCGAAAUCAUCACUUGAUGUGCGAUGUCCGCUGCUCAUUCGUCGAUCAUGUGCUUUCGCAAGCUCGACCUCAUCUUACUCAAGCACCGCAACAAUAA